CAAACGAAUCACAUGUAUCACUUGUACGACUUUAUGGGCUUUAAGCCAGCAGAGUCCAUUUGUCCCAAGCCUUCUGUGUCCCUGGCUCAGUGGGACUUAAAUUCAGUGGCAGCUGCUCAGUGGGUACUAAUGGAGAAGACCAGUUCUCUUCCUAAGCUGUGGGCCUCUCUCACACCCUCCAAAAUACCUGGCUGUAGUGGGGCAGGACUACUUCAGGUGGCUCUGAAAGAGGCUAUAAAUCUUAGUGGAGGAGGAAGUGUUUUUAGCUGUGGGUCUGAGAAAGGACAGGCUGGCAUGGAAAAAGAGAAGUUCCAGCAGAAGGCUCUGAAGCAAACUAAGCAGAAGAAAUCUAAGUCGGCUGAAUUUCUGAUGGUAAAAGAAGAGAGAGAGAGAGCAGCAACAGAAGGCAUCGAAAAUCCAGCUUUUAACAUCAGCAGCACAGAUCUUUCAGCAUAUCAGACUUCAGAAGAGGAAGUUAUUAGACAUGACAAGCUGCAUAGCACCCUUGCAGCUCACCAACAAAAACUGAGGCUGCAAGCCCAUGCUGAACCAAGAGGAAAUGAAUACAGCAGAAAUUACUUUGACCUGCUGAUGGAUGAGGAAAUAAACCCAAGGCAGUGUGGGAUGGAGGUCAGUGAAGAAGAUCCUGUGAAAUUUGAGGAGCAAAUCCGAUAUGGUAAACUGAUGAAUUUUCUAGAGGAAGAAAGCGAGAUGGUGGACUCCCAAGCCCGUGUCACCAGUGAAGAUUUUCCAGAUUCCGUGAUGCCUGUCAGCUUCAGUAAGACAUGUGACCUUCACAGGGAACUUGAAGAUGAAGUGAUUCCUUCAUAUAUCAAACAGUUUGAGAGAGAUGUUCAGGAUGACAUAAUUCUGCUUGGCAGCUUUUCACUGGAACAGGUCAGAGUUAAGAACUAUAAGACAAUUUUAUCACUGGCUUCAUAACAUGAUGCUAGCUUGUUAACCUUGUACACCCCCAUUCUAUUUGACUGCC